AUGAAGAAAUGGGAACUAUAGUCUGUGGUCUUCCUGGCCCUCCUCUCUGCACAGGCCUUUCCACACCCUGACAUCAGUAUCAUUCAGGUUUCCUACAUCCACAGCUGGGAGGAGAAUGUCUUUGUGUAUGUCCUGAUGAACAGCUGUGUUCCUGACAUCCAGGCUGACAUCUGGAUGGGCCUUCAUAACCAUAGGCAGGAAGGACAGUUUGAAUGGACUGAUGGCUUCUCUUGUGACUACAGUUACUGGGACAGGAGCCAGCCUGGUGAUGACAUUCAUACAGAUCCAGACAACUGUGUGCAGAUGUCACUGUCCUGGAAGGGUAACACCCGCCACAGGAAGUUCCCCUUUGUCUGCAAGAUCCCAUCUCCGAGCAUUCGAUGA